CCAUUAGCCAUCAUAAUAGCAAUGGAGGUCUCGCCUCUACAGAGCACCAUGUUCCCCCCACGCCACAACCAGCGCAAGUUCUCAACUCGCCUUUUAGACGGGGUGCCUUUCGAUGUCGGCGACAUACAAUCCUUCCUUCGAAAAUCCCUUGCCGAUGAACAACAAAGAGCACGGGAAGAUUCGGAGCUGACGACUAAAGAUAUUUUCCUGCCGCGCCUCUCCAUCGCAAACCAAUCGACGACGUUUUUCGGUAAAAGGGUCAUCUUUAAUAUCGACGAGAAGGAGAUCAAAGAGAAAGAAGAAAACAAAAAACGCCUUUUGAAGCAAACGUCCGCGACGAAAUUUUUGACAAAGGAAGCUGUGAAAUACUGCCUGGACAACAGCGACCCUCUGGUGCUGCUCUCGUUUAACUCUUUGCUGAGUGACCUGCCGUCAGGCUCGGAGAUGGGGAGAGAUGGGGUAGAGUCCGGGGAGCUGAGUAUCGUUUUUGAAGGAAACCUUAAACACGUGUCCAGGUCUGAGAAGUCCCGACACGAGCUCCCCGCUGAGCGUCGCCUGCAGUACCCAGUCAACUCCCGAAUGGCUAAUGUCGCCAUGUCUUCGUCCUUCAUCAUAGAGCAGCUGUGGCCUUGGCCUUGGCUGGAGCCGGAUGUCAGAGCCCACGCGCUGUACAAGACUUCUAAGGAAACCCCGUGCACCUUCGCGGAACAAUCCCGUCUUCCUAUGCUGCGUGUUCCCGACCUGAAGUACUCACUGUCUAGGUUUCUUCAAGCGUCGCAACCCUGCGUUAAAACUGCAGAGUACAAGCACUUGAAACAGAUUGCCGAUUCUUUUGCCGCGAAGGAGGGCAAAGAAUGCCAGAAGGCGCUUGUGAAUAAAGCGGAGACUUUAAAAAAUUGGAUCUCAGCGGUUCUUCCAAAUUACACCGGGUGCUACAACAGGCAAGGGGCUCCUUACUUUAACACAGCGAUCAUAGCCCCAUUUCUACACGACCUCUGGCCAGAACGCAACGAUUCGCAAAUAGACAGGGCUGCGUAUAUCAUCUCCUUAGCCACCGAGUUUUGGAUGCUGUUGAGAAAUGAAGAUCUGGAGCCGAUAUCGGAUGGUAACGGCCACACGAUGUGCAUGCACAAGUUCCGGAAAUUGUUCUCCUCGGUGAAAAUUCCUGGCCAGCCGUGCGAUAAGGCCUACCAUUUCUUUAAAACAUCAUCAGAAGACGAGGAAACGCCCCGGCACAUCAUCGUCAUCUACAACGGGCAUAUAUUUAAACUGGAGGUGGUAGAUGUCAAUUAUAAACCGAUGCGCACAAACAUUAUUAAGAAAUACCUCCGCGAGUUAAAAAGAUGUGUGGACGAAGGCGUUAUCAAAGACAGUUUUGGUUUAGGUGUUUUAACCUCAAUGAAUAGAGACGAGUGGUGCGCAGCUAGAGCUCAUCUUAUGAAUAUAAGCACCGUAAACGAGGCGUGCCUGUACGAGAUAGAAGAAGCCAUGUUUGUUAUAAGUCUCGAAGACCUGCACGCGGUGAACUCUGACCUGCUUCCUCACGAGUCUGUGUUCGGUGACGGCUGCAACCGCUGGUACGAUAAAAGUUUAAGCUUCUACGUCUACGGCAACGGCAUCGUCACGGUCAACGUCAACAACUCUCUCGUCGACGGCCCGGUUGUCGCUAUCCUGCUGCACUACAUCCACCUCAGGAUCUUGGAGGACACGGAGAAAUGGGACGACGACGUGGUCGUGGCCAUGAGCAGGUCAGCCCUGGCGAGUGCCAUCCCCUCGGCCAGCGCUGUGUUUGACAAUCUCGGUAUCCAGCUUUCGGUCAGGAUGAACGAGAUACAAGAGGCGUGGGACUCGAAAACAAAGCAUCGAUACUCACCAGCUGAGAUGGAUGACGAACAGACCAUCUAUCUCUUGGAGUUCUACAUUGACGACAUCAUUGAAAAAAGUAUCAACAAGGCGUCGGUGAGUUUCGCGAAUCUUUCCGCGUCCGUAGAAACAGCGACCUGUAAGUUUGACGAAUACGAUCGCGAUAUUUUUCAAAUUAAAAAUAUCAACACCGAUGCUUUCGCGCAUCUGUUGAUCCACUUAACGUUUUUUAAAAUGUACCACAAGUCAGCCUCCGUCGGCUCGAGGGUGAGCCUCAAGCGUUUUUACCACGGGGGCCACGAGAUCCUGAGAAGUACCAACCCCGACGUCGUGCAGUUCUGUCAGAUAAUGAUGGACAAAAAAGCCAACUUCAUCGACCAACGGCUCAGUUUUUGGAGGGCCGAGAAAAAGCACCGGGACCUACUGCGAGAGUGCUGCUCCGGGAUGGGGUUCGGGUCACACCUGGCCGGCUUGAAGGUCAUGGCCGCCGACUUGUACCCGACCCAGCCCGAGCUGUUUUCUAAAGACAAGCUGGUGGAGGGCGUCGAGGUGUACGACAUCUACUGCGAGUGCGUCGCCGUGGGCUCCACGGGCUGCGCUGUGGUCCUCCCCCAGUCCACCGUGGGCUACGGGGUAGGGUACACGAUAGCCAACACCAAGAUUAUAUUCAACGUCAGCUCCUGGAAGGAGGUGAGAAGCACCAGCUCCCAGCUCUUCGUUCAGAGCCUCCACGGCACCCUCAAAGAUAUGAACGUGUUCGUAAACAGAUUGUGAUGUCAUCUCGUAACGUCAGUAGAAAUAAUUUAAAAAAAAUAACUUACGUUCCGAUCAAUCGAAGCAGCGAUAACUAUCAAUUUUAAAUAAAAUAGUACCCUAAGCUAUUCUGAACUGGAUAAGUAUCAAUUCAACAUUUUUGAAGCCUUUGUAGCAGAGAACAUAGUAUAAUGCUAAAUAGUAAAGUUAAUAUACAAAGAAAUACAUAUGAAAUAAA